AUUCAUAUGUUAGUAUAAUAGAAUUAGAUCAACUAAAAAUUAAAAAAAUUUAUCAAGCUUGGACUAGAGCUUUUGCUAUUUGUGGAAUUUCUUGGCAUAUUAUUGAGAAUUCUUUUUUUAUUGAAGCAUUAAAAGAAACAAAUUUAUCUUAUAAACCACCAACACAUCAAUAUUUAUCAGAAGCUGAAUUAAGAUUAUUAAUAGAAAAAAUAAAUAUAAUUGGUGAAGGUCUUAAAAAUUAUUCAAAAACAAGAUGGACAACUGCAAGUGAAACAAUUGAAAGUAUAUUACAUUUAGAAAUAGUUUUAAAAAAG